AUGGCUUGCCCGGCAUUGCACGGAGUCAAAGUGUACACAAUCGAAUCUUUUGGCACUGGUAUGGUGGCUAUCAUACAUGAUAAUACACAACUGCCACUGAUCGAUCUGGCUGGUUUCGAAUUGAGUCCAGGUCGGAAACACAAAUUGGGUUUUACCAAAAAGAAAAGGAGUUUUCAACCUUCACCUUAUACAAAUUGUACCGAUGACAUUUCUCUCGGUAUGCAAGCCAUGUUUGAUCGAUUUCAAGGUGCUGAUUAUGUGUAUUCACAAUAUAUUUGUAAAACUGUUUGUCAACAAGUGUAUAAUUAUCAAGAAUGCGGCUGUAUUGACCCUUUACAAUGGGCGGCUCGGUCGAUUAUUUUGCCUGGCACGAACACAAUCAUUCUGGCACCACUUUGUGAUUCAUCGAACACUUGUUAUCUGCAAGCAAUGCAAACGCUUAUAAAUUCAGAUUCACUUUGGCAAAAGUACUGUUCACAUUGUACACAAGAAUGCUCAAUAGUCGACUUCAUCGUGAAACCAUCUUCAGUUGCAGCACCACCCGAGUGGUUCAUGGAUGAUAUCAAAAUGUUCGUCGAAAAUUCAGGGGUUCCUGUGCCGACAAAUUGGUCUACGACAUGGCGUACAGAAAUUCUAGCCAAUUAUCUAGGAGUUGAUAUUCUCUCGGAAUCUUAUCAAAUUGAAAGUUUUGAACAAGAAGCGACACUCGAUGCGGUUCAGGUGAUCUCAAAUGUUGGUGGCCAUACGGGUCUGUGGAUCGGCAUCAGUUUUCUCUCGUUGAUGGAACUUGUUGAAAUGCUCUAUCGACUUGCUCGCUACCAUUUACACCUUAUUCGAGUGCCUGUGCGAAAUAACUGA